AUGACAGGGAUAACAUCAACGAGAUUAACAGGCACAACGCCCGAAACAACAGAAGAAACAUCAACGAGAGUAACGGGAACUACGCCCGACACAACAGGGGAAACAUCAACGAGAGUAACAGGCACAACGCCCGACACAACAGGGAUAACAUCAGUGAGAGUAACAGACACAACGCGCGAAACGACAGGGGUAACAUCAACAAGAGUAACAGACACAACGCCCGACCCAACAGGGGUAACAUCAACAAGACUAACAGGAACUACGCCCGAAACAACAGGGGUAACAUCAACAAGAGUAACAGGAACUACGCCCGAAACGACAGGAGUAACAUCACCGAGAGUAACAGGCACAACGUCUGAAACAACAGGGGCAACAUCAACGAGAGUAACAGGCACAACGUCGGAAACGACAGGGGUGACAUCAACGAGAGUAACAGGCACAACGUCCGAAACGACAGGUGUAACAUCAACGAGAUUAACAGGCACAACGCCCGACACAACAGGGGUAACAUCAACAAGAGUAACAGGCACAACGCCCAAAACGACAGGGAUAACAUCAAUGAGAGUAACAGACACAACGCGUGAACCAACAGGGAUAACAUCAACAAGAGUAACAGGCACAACGCCCGACACAACUGGGGUAACAUCAACGAGAGUAACAGACACAACGGCCGACACAACAGGGGUAAGAUUAACAAGAUCAACAGACACAAAGACCGAAAUGUCAGGAAUAACAGCAACGAGAGUAACAGAAACUACGCCCGACACAACAGGGGGAACAUCAACAAGAGUAACAGGAACUAUGCCCGAAACGACAGGGAUAACAUCAAUGAGAGUAACAGACACAACGCGUGAAACAACAGGGGUAACAUCAACAAGAGUAACGGGAACGACGCCCGAAACAACAGAGGUAACAUCAACAAGAUCAACAGACACAAGACCAGAAACAACAGGGAUAACAUCAACGAGAGUAACAGGAACUACGCCCGACACAACUGGGGUAACAUCAACGAGAGUAACAGGAACUACGCCCGACACAACAGGGGUAACAUCCACAGGAGUAACAGGAACUAUGCCCGAAACAACAGGGAUGACAUCAAUGAGAGUAACAGACACUACGCCCGAAACAACAGAGGUAACAUCAACGAGAGUAACAGAAACUACGCCCGACACAACAGGGGUAACAUCAACAAGAGUAACAGACACAACGCCCGACACGACAGGGAUAACAUCAAUGAGAGUAACAGGAACUACGCUCGACACAACAGGGGUAACAUCAACAAGAAUAAUAGGAACUACGCCCGAUACAACUGGGGUAACAUCAACAACAGUAACAGGUACUACGCCCGAAACGACAGGGGUAACAUCAACGACAUUAACAGGCACAACGGCCGGACACAACAGGGGUAACAUCGACAAGGGUAACAGGGAAUACGCGCGACACAACAGGGGUAACAUCAACGAGAGUAACGGGAACUACGCGCGAAUCAACGGGGGCAACAUCAACGAGAGUAACAGACACAACGCCCGAAACGACAGGGGUAACAUCAACAAGAGUAACAGACAGAACGCUCGAAACAACAGGUGUAACAUCAACAAGAGUAACAGGAACUACGCCCGAAGCAACAGGGGUAACAUCAACAAGAGCAACAGGAACUACGCCCGAAGCAACCGGGGUAACAUCAACAAGAGCAACAGGCACAACGCCCGACACAACAGGGGAAACAUCAACAAGAGUAACAGGCACUACGCCUGGCAGAACCGGGGUAACAUCAACAAGAGUAACAGGAACUACGCCCGAAACAACAGGGGUAACAUCAACAAGAGUAACAGGAAGUACGCCCGACACAACAGGGGUAACAUCAACGAGAGUAACAGACAUAACGCCCGACACAACAGGGGCAACAUCAACAAGAAUAACAGACUUAACGCCCGAAUCCACAGGGGUUAUAUCAACAAGAGUAACAGGAACUACGCUGGACACAACAGGGACAUCAUGGACAGCGGUUACUUCAACUCCUAG